CUAUAGCCAAUGGAAUAUUUCAUAUUAGUGGUACUUCAUUUUGAGGACAGAACAAAUGAGUGCAUCAGCGGCGCAAGAAUUUCCAAGCUAGGGUUCUUCCUUCACUAUAUAAACUCUACCAACAAACACAAAGCUGAAAACAAAACAGAAUUUCAGUAAGGUGUUGCUGGUAAUUAAUGAAAGCUUGUUGCGGAGCUGCAAUGAUGAGUUCUCUUCAGCAACCUUUUUGGGUUCAGGGUUCCGCCUUUCCCUCAAAGGGAGCUGCUGCCGGUUUUAAUGUAAAUUCAAGUAGGGUAAACUUUUCCUCUGUUAAGCCCUGCAGAGCAUCUCCAACUCAAGGAACUUUGCUUACUGGAAAGCCCAAUUCUUCCGUUUCUGUAGGUGCUGGGAGCAGCUUUGAAGACUAUGGGUUGCGUGAAGCUGAUUCUGAUGUUCGUGCUAUUAUUGACAAAGAGAAGCAACGCCAAUUUAGGAGUUUAGAACUUAUUGCCUCUGAGAAUUUCACAUCUCGAGCAGUUAUGGAAGCAGUUGGUUCUUGUCUUACAAACAAAUAUUCUGAAGGGCUUCCAGGCAAAAGAUAUUAUGGUGGGAAUGAAUACAUCGAUGAGUUGGAAACUCUCUGUCAAGAAAGAGCAUUGUCCGCCUUUAGUUUAGAUGGAAAACAAUGGGGCGUGAACGUCCAACCAUUAUCUGGUUCUCCAGCAAAUUUUGCAGUUUACACAGCGAUUCUUAAUCCUCAUGACCGGAUUAUGGGAUUGGACUUACCUCAUGGAGGCCACUUGUCCCAUGGGUUUAUGACUCCUAAAAGACGAGUUUCAGGCACCUCUAUUUACUUUGAAUCCAUGCCUUAUCGACUUGAUGAAUCUACAGGUAUUCUUGAUUAUGAAAUGCUCGAGAAAACCGCGAACCUUUUUCGGCCAAAACUUAUUAUUGCUGGUGCUAGUGCAUAUCCGCGUGAUUUUGAUUAUCCUCGUCUGAGAAAGAUAGCAGAUGCUGUUGGAGCUUUCCUAAUGAUGGAUAUGGCUCAUAUCAGUGGGCUUGUUGCUGCCUCUGUACUUGCUAAUCCAUUUGAAUACUGCGACAUUGUCACUACUACUAGUCACAAGUCUCUUAGAGGUCCUAGAGGUGGAAUGAUCUUUUUCAAAAAAGAUCCAGUUCUGGGAGUGGAUCUGGAAUCUUCCAUAAACAACGCUGUUUUUCCUGGUUUGCAGGGUGGUCCCCAUAAUCACACAAUUGGAGGACUAGCCGUUUGCUUGAAGCAUGCCAAGUCACCUGAAUUCAAGGCUUAUCAGAACCAGGUGGUCUCCAACUGUAGAGCUCUUGCUAGCCGAUUAACGGAAUUAGGCUACACACUGGUCUCAGGAGGGAGUGACAAUCAUUUGGUUCUUGUGGAUUUGAGGCCCAUGGGAAUUGAUGGUGCUAGAGUGGAGAAAAUACUCGACAUGGCAUCAAUCACUCUCAAUAAGAAUUCAGUGCCUGGUGAUAAAAGUGCACUAGUACCGGGUGGCAUCCGCAUAGGCUCGCCCGCCAUGACCACUCGAGCUUUUACAGAGAAGGAAUUUGUAGCAGUUGCUGAUUUUAUUCACGAGGGCGUGCAAAUCACUCUCGAAGCCAAGAAGUCUGUUGCUAGUUCCAAACUCCAAGAUUUCAUGAAUGUUGUUACUGCCCCGGAUUUUAAUUUGAUGGAUAAGGUGUUGGACUUACAAAAAAGAGUCGAAGCUUUGACGACUCAGUAUCCGUUGCCUGGUUUAUGAGUAGUGUAGUAUUGGAGGGUCACAUUACCUGAUGAUGAUAAUGCAGUUGCCGUCCUAUUUCAUGAUGCCCCGAAUUUUGCAAUAUGUUGUUUAGAAUGUUUUUAACAUAUGAUUCUAUCUAUGCGUGGAUACCUAUACUUAGAUUGCUUUCUGAAGAUCAUCUAUGUUACUUCUCCUGGAAAAUUAGCAGAUUGUGAUAAUCGAUGGGUUGAGCCUCAAAAUAGGAGUGGCUGUUGUAAAACAAUCAAAUUUCAUCCGAAAUGUUUGAAAACAAAUUGGUCUCUUUUUUAUUUA